AUGGGCCAAGAUUCCAUUUACCUCCAGGUCCUAUCCGGCGACCCCAACGAACCGCAACACAAAAACGCAAAACGAGUCCUCACGCUGCUCAACCGCGGAAAGCAUUGGGUGCUCGUCACCCUGCUGCUCGCCAACGUCAUCGUUAACGAAUCGCUUCCUGUGGUGCUGGACCGCUUCUUGGGCGGCGGCGUUGCCGCUGUUGUGGGUAGUACAAUUCUUAUCGUCAUUUUUGGUGAAAUCGUGCCUCAAUCGGUGUGCGUGAGAUAUGGCCUACCUAUUGGCGGAUACAUGUCCACGCCCGUCUUGAUUCUCAUGUACCUCUUGGGCCCUGUAGCAUGGCCCACCGCGAAGCUGCUCGAUUGGAUUCUAGGAGAGGAUCAUGGCACAUUGUACAAGAAGAGCGGCCUCAAGACGCUUGUGACGCUACACAAGUCUCUUGGCGAAGUGUCGGAACGAUUGAACCAGGAUGAAGUCACCAUCAUCACCGCCGUUCUAGAUCUCAAAGAUAAGCCCAUAUCGGAAGUCAUGACGCCUAUGGACGAUGUAUUUACUCUUGCCGAGGACCAUGUCUUGGAUGAGGCCACCAUGGAUAUGAUACUCUCUUCCGGAUACUCGAGAAUUCCAAUCUACCGCGCAGGCAAACCGACCGACUUUGUAGGCAUGCUUCUCGUCAAGACGCUCAUUACGUACGAUCCCGAGGACCGGAUUCUGGUUAGAGACGUGCAAUUGGGAGCUGUUGUGGAAACACGCCCCGAGACGAGCUGUUUGGAUAUCAUCAACUUUUUCCAAGAAGGCAAAUCGCACAUGGUGCUGGUCUCUGAAUUUCCCGGUUCUAACCACGGUGCUCUCGGUGUCGUCACUUUGGAAGAUGUUAUUGAAGAGCUUAUCGGAGAGGAAAUUGUUGACGAAUCAGAUGUCUACGUCGAUGUACACAAGGCCAUUCGGCGUUUGACCCCUGCUCCCCGAGCUCACGGUAGACAUAGCGACGUGCCAGGCGCGGGUGUGGCAGUUAGGAAGACGCCAGACCAUGUCAGCAACCAUAACCGUAAGCAUGUAGAAGGUCAGGAUGUCGAAGUCGGCUCCUACAAGAGCGACUCGGGCCACCUUGAGCGGCCUCCCAAAACUGCCGUAUUUAUGAAGCGCCAACACUCUGCAGGACCCGACGGUCGCAUCGGGAAGAAUCCCGUACCUGUGAAAGCUUCACUCGAUGAGAUGCGACAGCAGCUGAAGCUUGGCCCUGCGAACCGCGCAGCGAACCCGUUGAGCAGCACGCGAGGAAGCGUAUUCAAGAUCAAGCAGGGUUUAGGAACGACGGUGGUGACAACCACCACCCCUGACGCAAAGGUGACUGGUGUCGACACAGAGAGCACGGAGGAGCACAAUGAAAACACGCCGUUGCUGGGCAAGGGCCAGAACGGUGCAAGCGAGCGGCGGUGA